CAUGAGUGUGAUGUCGGAAGAUGAAAUUGCACAAUUUUUUAGCGAAUGGACUGAUGAGUUCAUCGAUAGGAUCAAUGAAAUAGCGAAAGUCGUAAGUGAAGAAUACGAAAAAGAAAAGAAGCUUGAACAAAGUCACAGAAGCUCUGAUGAUGAUUUUUGGGACUUUCUCAUUCAUCUGUUUGGAAACGAAUCGCAGAAUUAUGAUAGCAGUAAAUUGGAGGAUGAGAGAGAUGAAAAUGUUCAGUACGCUUUACAAAUUCAUAGGGAGCUAUUUGCUGAACUCGAUCAGAAUUACUCUGGACCUAAAAAAAGGAAACCUGACAUAGUAUCAUUCGAACACAAAGACCAGGAUACUGCUAGUCCUCAAAAAAGCAAAUCUGACAUAGAACUAUUUGAAGACGAUGACCGAGAUACUAAUCGUCCUCAAAAGCGCAAAUCUGACAAAGAACUAUUUGAAGAUGAUGACCAAAAUACUGCUAGUCCUAAAAAGAGCGAGCCUGAUAUAAUAGAACUAUAUGACGACGAAGAAGAGGAUACUUCUGCUGACCCUGAAAAGAGUGAACCUGAUAUAAUAGAACUAUUUGAAGAUAAAGAUCAAGGUACUGCUAGCCCUAAAAAAAAUGAGCCUGAUAUAAUAGAACUAUACGACGACGACGAAGAAGAAGAUACUGCUGACCCUGAAAAGAGUGAACCUGAUAUAAUAGAACUAUUUGAAGAUGAAGAUCAAGAUACUGUUAGUCCUAAAAAGAAAAAAUCCGACAUAAAACUAGACGAAGACGAGCACCAAGAUAAGAGCAAAUCCAAUGUAGAACCGAAUGAAGACGAAGACGAAUAUACCGCUAGUCCUAAAAAGAGCAAAUCUGACAUAGAACAAUAUGAAGACCAAGACCAAGAUACUGCUAGCCCUAAAAAGAGCAAAUCUGACAUAGAACUAUUUGAAGACGAAGAACAAGAUUGUGCUAAAAAGAAGAAACUUCGAAAGGAACUAUUUGAAGAUCAAAAGCAAGAUUGCGUUAGUGCUAAAAAGAGGAAUAAACUCGAGGAGGAAACUGUUCGAUCAUCUAAGCGAUUUCGCAGGGGACUAUUUGAAGAGGAAAGGGUUCGAUCAUCGAAACGAUUACGCAAAGGACCCUCAAUUCUUGGUUCUAAGAGAAGAUUAAUGUAAUAUGUCCGAGCGAACUACAUUGUCAAUAUAAUAUUUGUAAUGUAAACGUUAAGCUUUUUUUAUUGUUUGUUAGUUUUAAUUAACUGAAUAAAACUAAAUGAUAUUUUGGCCAAGGAGAAAAGUAA